GGCUGGGGCUCCACGCGGGACCCUCGUCCUGUCCUCCUCCGGCCACCCCUGCGGUCCUCACCCCAGGCCGACAGAGAGGUAGGGCCCCAAGCAGAGACUGGGGCCUCUAGGCUGUGGCUGCAGUGCCCCUCACCGGCCACGUCAUGCCGCAGGCCUCUGCAAUGUCGUCACCUCUGUGCUCCCUCCUUCUGGCCCUGGGCCUGGUGCUGGCUGGAACCCUCAACCCCAAUGACCCCAACACCUGCAGCUUCUGGGAAAGCUUCACCAUCACCACCAAGGAGUCCCACUCCCGCCCUUUUAGCCGGCCGCCCUCGGAGACCUGCGAGAAGCCCUGGGAGAGCCCCCAUACCUGCUCUCAGCCCACGGUUGUCUACAGGACCGUCUACCGCCAGGUGGUGAAGACGGACCACCGAAAGCGCCUGCAGUGCUGCCCCGGCUUCUACGAGAGCGGCGGGGCCUGCUUCCCACGUUGUGCCCAGGAGUGUGUCCAUGGCCGCUGUGUGGCACCCAAUCAGUGCCAGUGUGUGGAAACCUGGCGAGGUGACGACUGCUCCAGUGCGUGUGCCCCAGGAGUGUGGGGACCACAGUGUGACAAGCCCUGCAGCUGUGGAAACAGCAGCUCCUGUGACCCCAAGAGUGGGGCAUGUUCCUGUCCCCCUGGACUGCAACCCCCGCACUGCCUUCAGCCCUGCUCCCCUGGCCGCUAUGGCCCUGCCUGCCAGUACAGCUGCCAGUGCCACGGGGCACCCUGUGACCCCCAGACCGGAGCCUGCUUCUGCCCCCCAGAGAGAACUGGGCCCAGCUGUGAGGUGUCCUGUCUCCAGGGCACUGUUGGCUUCUCCUGUCCCAGCACCUCUCCUUGCCAAAAUGAGGGUGUCUUCCAGUCCUCCCAGGACUCCUGCAGCUGCCCACCUGGUUGGAUGGGCACCAUCUGUUCCCUGCCCUGUCCGGAGGGCUUCCAUGGACCCAACUGCUCCCAGGAAUGUCGCUGUCAUAACGGUGGCCUCUGUGACCGGUUCACUGGGCAGUGUCGCUGUGCUCCUGGCUACACUGGAGAUGGGUGCCGCGAGGAGUGCCCUGUGGGCCACUUCGGACAGGAUUGUGCUGAGACCUGCGACUGCGCCCCCGGGGCCCGCUGCUUCCCAGCCAACGGCGCGUGUCUGUGCGAACAUGGCUUCACGGGGGACCGCUGCAGGGAGCGCCUCUGCCCCGACGGCUUCUAUGGCCUGAGCUGCCAGGUGCCCUGCACCUGCGACCCAGAGCACAGCCUCAGCUGCCACCCGAUGAGCGGGGAGUGCUCGUGCCAGCCCGGCUGGGCCGGCCUGCACUGCAACGAGAGCUGCCCGCACGACACGCACGGGCUCGGCUGCCGGGACCACUGCCUCUGCCUGCACGGCGGCCUCUGCCAGCCCGACAGCGGCCUCUGCCGGUGCGCGCCUGGCUACACGGGCCCGCACUGCGCUAGCCUCUGUCCGCCUGACACUUACGGAGUCAACUGCUCCGCACGCUGCUCCUGCGAGAAUGCCAUCUCCUGCUCCCCUAUCGACGGCGCUUGCAUCUGCAAGGAAGGUUGGCAGCGUGGUAACUGCUCUGUGCCCUGCCCACCUGGAACCUGGGGAUUUGGUUGCAAUGCCAGCUGCCAGUGUGCCCACGAGGCAGCCUGCAGCCCCCAAACUGGAGCCUGCAUUUGCACCCCUGGGUGGCACGGGGCCCACUGCCAGCUCCCAUGUCCAAAGGGGAAGUUUGGUGAAGGCUGUGCCAGUCACUGUGACUGUGACCACUCUGAUGGCUGUGACCCUGUUCAUGGACACUGCCAGUGCCAGGCUGGCUGGACAGGUACCCAGUGCCACCUGCCCUGCCCUGAGGGCUUCUGGGGAGCCAACUGUAGCAACAUCUGCACCUGCAAGAAUGGGGGCACCUGCAUUCCUGAGAAUGGCAACUGUGUGUGUGUACCGGGAUUCCGAGGUCCCUCCUGCCAGAGAUCCUGCCAGCCUGGUCGCUAUGGCAAACGCUGUGUGCCCUGCAAGUGUGCUAACCACUCCUCCUGCCACCCCUCGAACGGAACCUGCUACUGCCUGGCUGGCUGGACUGGCUCGGACUGUUCGCAACCGUGCCCUCCAGGACACUGGGGAGACAACUGCGCCCAGCCCUGCCAGUGCCCCCAUGGCGAGACCUGCCGCCCCCAGGAUGGGAGCUGUUUCUGCCCUCCAGGCUGGACUGGGCACCUCUGCUUGGAAGCCUGUUCUCCAGGGAUGUUUGGUGCCAACUGCUCCCAGCCAUGCCAGUGCGGUUUUGGAGAGAGGUGCCACCCAGAGACGGGGGCCUGUGCGUGUCCCCCAGGACACAGUGGCGCCCCCUGCAAGAUUGGAAGCCAGGAGCCCUUCACCAUGAUGCCUACCUUUCCAGUGGCCUAUAACUCACUGGGGGCCGUGAUUGGCAUCGCAGUGCUGGGGUCCCUGGUAGUGGCCCUGGUGGCAUUGUUCAUUGGCUACCGCCAUUGGCAGAAAGGCAAAGAGCACCAACACCUGGCAGUGGCGUACAGCAGUGGGCGGCUGGAUGGCUCUGAGUAUGUCAUGCCAGAUGUUCCUCUGAGCUACAGUCACUACUACUCCAACCCCAGCUACCACACCCUAUCACAGUGCUCGCCUAACCCCCCACCCCCUAACAAGGUUCCAGGCAGUCAGCUCUUUGCCAGCCUCCAGGCCCCCGAGCGGCCAGGUGGGGCCCAUGGGCCUGAUAACCAUACCACCCUGCCUGCUGACUGGAAGCACCGACGGGAAGUCCCUCCAGGGCCUCUGGAAAGGGGUAGCAGCCACUUGGACCGAAGCUAUAGCUGUAGCUACGGCAAUAGUACUGGCCCAGGCCCAUUCUACGGCAAAGGGCCCAUCUCUGAAGAGGGGCUGGGGGCCAGUGUGGCUUCCCUGAGCAGUGAGAACCCCUACGCCACCAUCCGGGACCUGCCCAGCCUGCUGGGGGGCCUGCUGGAGAGCAGCUAUGUGGAGAUGAAAGGCCCUCCCUCAGGGUCUCCCCCCAGGCAGCCCCCUCAGCUCCGGGACAGCCAGAGUCAGCGGUACCCCCCGCCGCAGAGAGACAGCGGUACUUAUGAACAGCCUAGUGCCCUGACCCACGACCGAGACUCCGUGGGCUCCCAGCACUCCCAGGCUCUGGGCCCGACCCCCGGCCACUACGACUCACCCAAGAACAGCCACAUCCCUGGACACUAUGACUUGCCUCCUAUACGGCAUCCCCCGUCACCCCCACUUAAGCACCGGGACCACUGAGCGGCCAAGAUGGUGUGCAGAGGCCGGCACACCUGAUCUUGUUGCCUCAGAUUGGGGACAGGGCUGGCUGUACCCUGCCAGGAGCAGGGAGAGGGCUGGCAGGCUGUGAACACGAACAUGUUUAUGAACAAGUUUAAUAGAGGAAGUGAAUGGAGAGACGGGAGCCUGGCUCCGGGUUCCACACUGGGACACUGGUUGGCAGGAAGCCUGCAUUCCCUCUCCUCCACCCACUGCGUACAGACACCGGUGGGUUGAAUGUUGCUGGAUAACUCUGAUUUCAUAUUGAUGUCAAACAUGUAGAUUGGGCCCUGGCUGGUGUGGUGCGGUGGUUAGAGCAUUGGCCCACACACCAAAGGGUCUUGGGUUCGAUUCC